CUGCCUACCGCUUGAAUGGGUGUAUAGGAAUACUCAGCACUUCCCCGGGACCUGGUCAUAGUACAUUAGCCCUCACCUAGUCCCCGAGCCAGGUAGAUCAUGGGCCUCAUCCAAUAAAACCUAGCUGUCCUGGUCAAUCAACAGUGCACACAUGUUGGCUCCGUUGCCAACAAGGUGGCUGACUGUACAUGAGCUCCAAUCACCAUGACCAUCUGAUAGCAUUUCUGCCCUCAUUCGCGGCUAGGGAUUUCAGGGCACAGAACAGACAAAGAAGUCUUCUCUGCAUCGGUCCCCUGAUGAGAUUGAGGAAAGAGCAUGAUGAAGACCGUAAUAAUGAUAAUAAUAUUGACUAUGGCAGUCGAAACUUCAUCCACUCGUCUCCCAUCCACCCCCAUCGGAAGCUUCGACAUACUGUAUGAUCUUGUGCACAACCGUUAGGCAUAUGCGAUCUUGCGCUGCGUUGGUACGAUCUGCCUACUCUACCAGACUGUAUGUACAUCUGUGCUGUCAGGGUGUGCUCGACGCUUCACGCUGGGUACGUAUUUCUCCAUACUGUAACUUUCUUGCUGCCUUCGGCCCAUCCAGCAUUGAUUGUCCAGCCAAAAAAAAAUAUCAAGGGAGAGAAUCCCAUAGCCGCCGCAUCUAAUAGCUCAUUUUCGUCGAUUCGAAGCCCCAAAAUGACCUGUCCAAAAUUGAUUCUCAACAAACUUGUAAGACCAGGCCAGCAUCUUUCACGGGACCGUGUGCGCAAAGUCAAAUCGGUCUUGGCCGAAGCCCUGGGGACUAGUCAUGUAUGUCUAUCCACUAGAACCGACCUACAAAGUCUCUCCCUACAGCAGGUGGUACCGAGCCAGGCGAAAGGAAACGCUCUGCAUAGGCGGGUAUGGAAGGAAAGACAAGGCCCGUGGGCUCCACUCCCCGGGGACGCCUCGACAAAUCGAUAUGCCAGCUAUGAAACAAUCAGCAUCAUCGAGUUUUUGACUCGCAGCUUUGCCACGCCAGCGGCUUCACGCAAGAAACUUCUCCAACGCGGUGUCGCGUCGGCAGCCAGCGAUUUGCGAGCGAUGCGCCCGCCAAUUUGACGGCGAUGGGCGCUUAAAGAGGCAACCACUGAAUUUUAUAAUUAGCACAUCCACAACCUUAGCUCGGAUUUGGUGGUG